AACCCUAAGUGACCAGCUACAAUCAUAGACCAUCAGCAAGCAGGUCAUUGUUCCAACAUGGCCCUGUGGAUGCGCUUCCUGCCCCUGCUGGCCCUGCUCGUCCUCUGGGAGCCCAAGCCUGCCCAGGCUUUUGUCAAACAGCACCUUUGUGGUCCUCACCUGGUGGAGGCUCUGUACCUGGUGUGUGGGGAACGUGGUUUCUUCUACACACCCAAGUCCCGUCGUGAAGUGGAGGACCCGCAAGUGCCACAACUGGAGCUGGGUGGAGGCCCGGAGGCCGGGGAUCUUCAGACCUUGGCACUGGAGGUUGCCCGGCAGAAGCGUGGCAUUGUGGAUCAGUGCUGCACCAGCAUCUGCUCCCUCUACCAACUGGAGAACUACUGCAACUGAGUCCACCACUCCCCGCCCACCCCUCUGCAAUGAAUAAAGCCUUUGAAUGAGCACCAAAA